GCCCCAAAGGCGAAGAACAACUCCAACACUGUCUCUUGAAACUCUCCAAAAUCCAAUUCAAACACUUCCACUCUCACAUUUAUAUAAAUUCAAUUAAAGCCUCUCUCACUUUUAUUAAUAACCAAACAACCCCUUAUGGCUCUUCUUCACAAGGUUCCAUCUUUCUCCUCUCCACGUUCACCUCUCAACACAGAUUACCAUUUUCUCAACAAUCAACGCCACCCCAUUUCUUCAUUCAACUGCGCCAUUUCACCCUUCACAGAAAAACACUCCAAAGAAAGAUACCAAAGAGACCAAUGGGUUUAUCAAAAAACGACGUCGUGUAAUCACACCCCUUUUACUGAUUCAAUAAGAGAGGAUGACAUAGCUUCACAACUUCCAGAGCUGAAAAAGCUUCUUCAGGUAUUGAAGGAGAAGAGAGAAAGUGAAGGGAAGUGUAGUGAAGGGAAGUGUGCUCCUGGGGAUGUGUUUUUGGUUGGAACAGGACCUGGUGAUCCUGAAUUGUUGACUCUUAAAGCUGUUAGAGUUAUUAAAAGUGCUGAUUUGUUGUUGUAUGAUAGGUUGGUUUCUAAUGAUGUUUUGGAUUUGGUUGGUCCUUUUGCUAAACUUCUUUAUGUUGGAAAAACUGCUGGAUACCAUAGUAGAACUCAGGAGGAAAUACAUGAGUUGCUUUUGAGUUUUGCAGAAGCUGGUGCUACUGUUGUGAGACUUAAAGGGGGUGAUCCAUUGGUGUUUGGAAGGGGUGGGGAGGAAAUGGAUUUUUUGCAACAGCAAGGUAUCCAUGUGAAAGUUAUUCCAGGUAUAACUGCAGCAUCUGGAAUAGCAGCAGAGUUGGGGAUUCCAUUAACUCACCGUGGUAUAGCAAAUAGUGUGAGAUUCCUCACGGGGCAUUCAAGGAAAGGAGGAACCGAUCCUCUAUUUGUAUCAGAAAAUGCAGCCGAUCCUGAUUCUACCUUGGUGGUUUAUAUGGGCUUGUCAACGUUCCCUUCCCUUUCACAGAAAUUAAUGCAUCAUGGUUUGUCGCCUCAGACCCCGGCUGUUGCCAUUGAGCGAGGGACCACACUGCAGCAACGCACAGUGUUUGCAGAACUGAAGGACCUUCCUGAGAAAAUUGCAUCCACAGGGUUGGAGUCGCCUACACUGUUAAUAAUAGGAAAAGUUGUUGAGUUAUCACCAUUUUGGCCAAUUCCUACAAAACAAGAAUCAUGUUUGAUGCAGGCUUGAUGGAUUUUAAGAUCCAUGUAAUUUGAGUGUAUUAUCAGAUGUUUAGGGAAAUGACUAACUUCUGCACAUGGAUUGCGGUUUCUGUUGGGUUUGCGCAGAAGUAUUCAGAACAAAUUUUGAUUCAACAUGAUCUGGAUUUGGAAUAAAACAAAGUAAUGCACAUAUUUUUUAUCAUUUUUAACUGGGGAACAAAGUACAAGGAUUGGUUUACUUUUCAGAGUGAUUAGGUCAAAUUUUAGCCAUAAGCUAUUUAGGAUCAUUCUUUAAUAGAGCAAAAAGCAGAUUAGUCUCAAGAGGUGAUUUUAUUACUUCAGUUAAUCAAUGUUAUCUAGAAUUUGGUGAUGCUUCUUUCAGCAUUCAUUUGUUAUGUACCUUGCUUGUGGACCAUAUUGUCGCAGUGUUUUUCUCAUGAUUUCAAAUUGUGAUUACAGUUACAAAUG